CCUUCUCUGUGUGUGUCGUUAGCGAAGAGCGAGAUUUCUCUCUCUCUGGGGUCUCUCUCACUAUAUCGAUGCAGAUAUACACAAAUGUAUAUAUGGAUAUAUAUACACACAUACACACGCACAGACAAAUAUAAUACAGUGGAAUGGCCUCUCUUCCUAGUCGAUUCACGGCUUCCGAAGCUUCAAACAGGUGUUCAUGAUCAAUGUUGGUUGCUUCUCCCUGUGAUUAUUCUUUCACAUGGCCCUCCUACCUCAGCGCCUUACCUCCAUAAGGAAAUUUCUUGUCAUUGCAGUCCUUGUAUCAGUUGGUAUUUUUGGAAUUUUGAACCAUUGCCAGAAAAUCUCCUAUUUUUUCCGCCCACUUUGGGAUAAUCCUCCUCCUCCAUUCAAGCACUUACCUCAUUACUAUGCAGAGAAUGUGUCUAUGGACCAGCUCUGUCGUCUCCAUGGCUGGGAAGUACGCUCUGAACCCCGCUUGGUCUUUGAUGGCAUCAAUUUUAGCAAUGAGCUGGACUUGCUAGAGAUUCGCUGGCGUGAACUCAACCCAUAUGUCACAAAAUUUGUAAUCCUAGAAUCGAAUACCACCUUCACUGGUAUCCCAAAGCCUCUAUUCUUUGCUUCUAAUCGUGAUCGAUUUGCCUUUGCUGAGGAGAAGAUUGUUCAUGGUGUGUUUCCUGGACAUACUGCAGCCCCUGGGUCACGUGAAGACCCAUUUGCAGUUGAGGGACGACAGCGUGUCGCCAUGAAUUCAUUACUUCGUCAUGCAGGUAUUUCCAUUGGGGACCUCCUCAUUAUGUCGGAUGCUGAUGAGAUCCCUAGCCCAUACACUCUGAAAUUACUUCAGUGGUGUGAUGAUGUCCCGCCUGUGUUGCAUCUCGAACUGAGAAACUACAUGUACUCCUUUGAGUUCCCUGUAGACUACAGCAGCUGGCGGGCCACUAUCCAUAUUUAUGGUCCAUGGACCUACUAUCGGCAUUCAAGACAAACUGACCUUAUUCUUUCUGAUGCGGGGUGGCAUUGUAGCUUUUGUUUCCGUCAUCUACAAGAUUUUGUGUUCAAGAUGACUGCAUACAGCCAUGCUGACCGUGUGAAGCGAAAAGAAUUUCUCGAUCAUUCUAGAAUCCAGAGGCUCAUUUGUAAGGGAGAUGAUCUUUUUGACAUGUUACCUGAGGAGUAUAGUUUUCGCGAACUGAUUAAGAAAAUGGGUUCAAUACCUCGAUCUGCUUCUGCAGUUCAUCUUCCAGCUUACUUGCUAGAGAAUGCCCACGAGUAUAAAUUCCUCCUCCCAGGAGGCUGUCUACGCACAUCUGCUGCUCAUUACUGUCCGUGCACAUGUGAUUAUCUUGAAUGGCUUAUUCCCCAUGGGAGCUCAUUACUAUCCAUGCAAUAUUAUUAUCUUCAAUGGCUUAUUCCAAGUAGCUGCUCAUUAAGGUACUACAAAUCCAUGCCCUCUUUCUUGCAACCUUUAAGUUUAAUGCUUCUGUCCAAGGUUGCUAAAGUGUGUUGUGUUCUGAUCAAUUUUAGUUGUUUCUGAUGUUCUGUUUAAAAAUCAAUCAUCAAGAUUAGCUUGGAAACACAGGCUAGACAUGGUUUUGUCUUAUCUAGGAUUAUUAACUGAGGUGAAGAGAAGUUUUGAGCGAGAUCUCUUGUCUGCUCAUAAAGUUGAGGCAUUGGAUAUGGCCGGUUGGUUAUGAUGUUUAAUUUUAUACCAGAACCAUCCAAAUUUCCAGAAAAUUCCUAUACACCUCUCAGCAUUUGGCAUUAAGUUUGUUUUACUUGUUCCAUUCUGGUUUUCCUUAUGUCUGGCAUAUGUUGGAUAUUCAAGUACAUAUGCUGUUCUGAUCUUG